UUGCUUAGUAGGCUACUAACAAAUGAUAAGUAAUGCAUGUUUCAUACUACACAAAUUAUACAGUGUAGUCCUAGGCUGCAACACAGUAUUUUUCUUUUUUGGAGUAGUUUUUUUUUAUAGAAUUUUUGAGCAAGUCUCAUCCUUGUCUUGAAAUGAUCUGGAUGCAGAAUGUUCUUGACAACAGUGAAGUUUACCCACAUGUAUCUCACCUUAUUUACCCAGUGUUUGUCUCAGUUUUCGUCACUGCCAUAAGGUCGUUAAUUGAAAGAUGCUUCUUUGAACCGCUGGGGAUAAGCAACGGCCUGAAAUCUUCCAAAUCUCCCAUAACAAAGAACGAUGCGUUAGAAGUAGCAUUCCUGAAUAGCGGACGGAAUGAACAUAAAAAUCGUUAUUGGAUUCAUAACCUGGCUAAACAAGUGAACUGGUCGGACGAUCAAGUAGAAAGAUGGAUGUGGUGUCGCUAUUAUGAAAAUCAGCCGACGGAGCUGAUGUAUUUUAAAGAAUGCGGUUGGCGCUUUACUUAUCACACUACUUUAUUCAUUAUCGGUGUGCUGGUGCUUUCGGAUAAAUCUUGGCUGUGGAAUAUAGAUGAAUGCUGGACGGAUUUUCCCAACCAGAGGAUCUCGGCGGAUGUUUGGUGGUACUACAUUAUUCACUUGAGCGUCUACAUGUCACACACUUGUAGCCAGCUUUUGAGCCGAAAGCGCAGUGAUUUUGUUGAAAUGUUUAUUCAUCACGUCGUUACAAUACUCCUAAUGACAUUAUCCUGGGUGAGCAAUACAGUCAGAAUCGGAACCUUAGUUCUAGUUGUUCAUGAUAGCGCCGACAUUUUCAUGGAAGCGGCACGUAUAGCAAAAUUUCUUAAAUAUCCACGGAUUUGCAAUUUAGGUUUUGGAUUAUUUUUCAUUAUUUGGAUCAUUUCUCGACUAGGGAUUUUCCCGUUUUACAUCCUAAAAAAUAUUUGGUUUGAUGCAGCUAUCGAUGUCUUAGGUUCUCCUGUCAUUGCUCUUCUAAUUUUAUUACUGUAUGUCUUGCUUGGACUUCACCUUUUUUGGACAUUUUUAAUUUUAAAAAUACUCUAUCAAUUCAUAAUUUCGGGAAAGAUAGCCGAUGAUUCUCGCAGUUUUUCAGCUGAUUUACCGAGUGAUGACGGGGAAUCCAAGAAAAAGACAAACUGACUCAGCUAAUUACAAGUUUUACAGCGGAUUCUAGUAAUGUAGGUUUGUACGGAAUACUUUAAAAUUCAAAGUAUUCAAUUGCCUAUAGAGUAGCAGGUGCAUGCAACUAAGUGCGCAGAAAUAUUUGCAACGUUGAAAUAAAUGAAAGCCUCCGUUGUAACAGGAACAGAUACAAAAAAAUACAUAGUGAGUGUAUUUUGAAAUGACUGAAAGUGUACCACGAGAAUGCGUUUUCCCUCCAUAAAAACAGUAUCGCAAAAGGAUCCGUUUACCGUACUCCAUAACCAUCCAUUACAAACUUUAGGAAACCUUAUCUAAUUUACCAAUAAAUUAUGACCACUGAGUAAUUUUCUUCAAGAUUAAAAGAACAGCUCUAUUUACUGGGAAUCAUCAGUUCAGUAUAAGGCAAAAGGUCAAUUUGAAAUGAAAUGGUAAUAAAGAUACAAAGCUCUAUAUCUAGGGGUGAAAGAGUUUUAAAGUAGGAUGUUCAAAAUUUAUCCAGUCAUCAUCUCCAUGAAUUCUGCAAUUGGGAUUGAUAAUUAUGAACAUGAUAAUUAGAGAUGACACUGUAUUUUAAUAAAUAUCUCACCAUCAAAAUCAAUAGUUCCGGAACCAUCCUCAUCGAUCUCCUCAAUGAUGCCAUCUAAAUCGUCUGAGGUUAACUUAUCGUCUAAGGCGCCCAAAA